AUGGAGUCGUUUAACGUGGUGGAGAUGCUAAAGCCUGCCGAGAGAGCGCUCUUCUGGGUCGGUGCACUUAUCACGGCCUUGCUGGCUCUGUGGCUGCUGUACAAGAUCAUCACUGGCUUCAGGAUAUGGGUGUUGGGAAACGGGGAUCUACUCUCUCCCAAAUUGGGAAAAUGGGCAGUUGUGACGGGAGCCACGGAUGGGAUUGGGAAAUCCUAUGCGGAGGAGCUUGCUCGACGAGGAUUCUCCAUGAUGCUCAUCAGCCGUUCCCAGGAGAAGCUUGACGACGUGGCAAAUUCUCUCGAACGCAAAUAUAAAGUGGAAACAAAAACCAUCGCAGUGGACUACAGUCAUGAUGAUAUCUAUCCUAAAAUCGAAAAGGGUCUCGCUGGACUGGAGAUUGGAGUCCUUGUGAACAAUGUGGGUAUCUCAUAUUCGUACCCUGAAUUCUUCCUCCACAUCCCUGAUUUGGAAAACUUCAUCACCACCAUGAUCAAUGUCAACAUCACCUCAGUGUGCCAAAUGACUCGUCUGGUGCUGCCCAGAAUGGAGGCAAGAGCUAAGGGUGUGAUCCUCAAUAUCUCCUCUGCCAGUGGCAUGUUCCCCGUCCCAAUGCUGACCAUCUACUCCUCCACCAAGGCCUUUGUGGACUUCUUCUCACGUGGACUUCAAUCAGAGUACAAGUGCAAAGGGAUCAUUAUCCAGAGUGUGCUGCCUUUCUUUGUGGCUACCAAGAUGACUAAGAUCAGGAACCCCACCCUGGACAAGCCCACCCCUGAACGCUACGUAGCUGCUGAACUGACCACUGUGGGACUGCAAGACCAGACCAACGGCUAUUUCCCUCACGCCGUCAUGGGCUGGGUGAUCGAGGUUCUGGCCCCCAUCAAGCUGGUCCUCUACCUGGGCCUGCGCAUGAACAAAGCCCAGCGCGGCGGAUACCUCAGGAGGAGAAAGCUGCGAUAGAUUGAAGAUAUCGUGUGAUGGAAACCUAACUGGAUGAGAUGUUUUACAGAACAUGUGCUGAGAUUUGAGAUUCACUGGAGUCAUUUUGGAUCUCACGUCUUUGAAGUGCUUCGUCUUACUUAAUUUUUCUUUUUUGUGUGUGUGUGUGUUAAAUGUUGUGUGUUUUUGGAUCUCUUUGGAUAAAUAUCUGGACAUACUCACGUUCCACAAUGACUCAUUAUUAUUGACUUGUUGCUGGUUGCCAGAAAUGGAGACUAAUCUUCUUUAUAGGGUGAAAGAAGUGUGGGGAGGGUUUUGUGGCCACUGCUGUUGUAAGCAGGGGGUUAUUUAUAUGGUGAUGGUGUUUUAUAUUUAAUUACUAAUUAAUUAUGCAUUUUCUUUUUAUCUGAUACUAUCUGUUUGCACUCUUGUUAGCUGCCAAUAACUAGUUUGCAUUCGUGCCUUAGACCUUCUGAUGAGUGAUAAAUGGGUGCUGGCCUUUCUUAUCAUUAAUUUAACAUUUAGCAAAUCUAUGGUGAAUAUUUUUUUUAAUCUUGUACUGUAUCAAUAUAAAACCAAAGGUCUGAUUUAAGUACAUUUUUGUACAUUUGCUUUUUCAGGCUGUAAGUUUACAUGCCAGAUUUGGUUUAUUUAAAACCUGUGCCUUUUUAUAGUCGUAUAAUCUAGGUCACGUUUAUUGAAAAGGAGAUCUAAAGCACGUUUACAUGAUUUUCUCCACUGAAGACUCAAAGGUGUGGUGGAAUGUCACCUGUUUGUCUUGAGUUUCAUCCAGAGGUGGAUUUGAGGAAUACCUCCAUAGCUUGGAUCUCCGUGUGAUUAUUUACGGGCCAGUGCCAGUCAAGCUAAAACAUCCAGGUGCUUAAACCUCUUUAGUUGCCCCUGGUUUAAAGCUUGAAUGUUAUCCUUCCAGACAUGUUGAAGAGUGAAACAAAAUGCGCUUCUUUACAGAUGCGUGACGAUCUGAAAUCUUGUUUAAUAAAAACGAUUUCUGUAUUGGUUUUUGUACUUUGUCUUUUUUAAUAAAUUUUAUGACUCUA